CGCAUCUCGCCGACAGGCACGGGAGGGCAGCUGCGGCCGCAGCUGGACCAUCGCGACUUGUGUCCUCCCUCCCCGAUCCGCAACUCCUUCCUUGCAGGUUUGCAACUUUUUUUCGUGCUCUUUCCUUCUCAUCUACUCAAUCUAAUCCUCCUAAAUCUGCGCAAAUCUUCCCUAUGAUCUUCAAAUUGUAGAUAAUUUUUUAUGUCCAUCUAUAUAUUAGUGCAAAUUUGUUGCAAUUCACACAAGUUGCUAGCAGUUUUGGAUGGUGCCUCUUGACUAAUGAUCAGUAAAUAAACUAUUAGGACUUAAUUUCGUCUAAUAGAUCAACAGGAUAGGUGCCCCCUUACAAGACUCUUCUGAACAUAUAGGUUUAUGGAUUGCGGUCCAGAGAUGGCAACUUGUGUUCAUUUUUUUGUGAUAACUUGUGUUUCCUCAGACUGCAGCUUAUCUACAUUUUGAGUUUUUUGUAUGGCAAUUUGUGUUCAUUUUUUUGUGGCUACAAAAAGAAACUUGUAUUGUGCUAAUUAGUAUUUGUGUGCCUUCCUAUAUACAUUAUGAGUUUCCUUGCAUGACAACUUAUACUUAAUAUUUGUGUUAUUUAGGUGCAAUAUGACUUGUAGUGGGGUUUUUUAUCUAAAUUCUGCACCACUACAAGAGCAUGAUUUCCUUGCAGCCCCUUCAGAUCUUGAGUUGUAGCAAGUUUCUGGUGCAGCUUUCCCACUGAUGUGUGUUGCAGGUGGUGCAGGUGCACAUGUGUCCAGCAGCAACUUGACUCUCCCUGUAAUAUCCAAUGAAACCCUUCAUCUGUCAAGCAACUCAGCUCCUCCUGAACUGGCAACUUAGCAUCAAAGGUGCUCCCAGCUGAAUCUGGUGGUGUGACAGUUCCCACGGCUGAGACAACCGCAGAUGGAGUUGAUGUUGAGGAUGAUGUUGAGGUUUUAUCCACUCCGUAGGAACCUUUUGUAGGCAUGUCUUUUAAUAUUUCUGAUGCUGCCAAAGACUAUUACAAUUCCUAUGCCCAUCAUACAGGUUUCUCUAUAAGGAUCGACACAUCCCGUGAGUCGAAGAAGGCCAAUGAAAAGACAAAGUAUAUCUAUGUUUGCUAGAAGGCUGGGGUCAAUAAAAAAGAGAAGGUUGCUGAUGAUGGGCCAAUAACUGAGAAAAAGAUUGUGAGGCAAAGGCGCAGGGAUUAUGUAGAUAGGACGCACUGCCCAGCUCGCAUGAUUGUGAGGAAGACAUCCCAUGGACACUGGGAGGUUGUGAACUUUGAAAGGGAGCACAACCAUGAGCGCUUAAGAAAAUUCUCGCUCACAAAAUACUUGAAGUCCCACAGAGACAUACCAGCUGAAGAGAAAGAGUUCAUCAAGUUGCUCCAUGGAUGCUGCAUCACGACAACUCGUGCUUACCAGAUAAUGGCUGAGUUAUAUGGAGGUAUUGAAAACUGUCCAUACACCGAAGGUGAUGCUAAAAAUUUGCGUGUUGAGUACUGCGCUGAAUAUAGAGGUAAAGAUGUGAAGGCGACGCUUGAGUACUUUGAAGAAUUGAAGAAUGAAGAUCCGGAAUUCUAUUAUAGUUACACUCUUGAUGAGUUUGACAGGGUUGAGAAUCUGUUUUGGGUGGAUGGUGCAGCAAGGAGAACUUAUGAGCUGUAUAGUGAUUGUUUGUCCUUUGACACUACUUAUUUGACCAAUGCCUACAACAUGCCAUGUGCUCCUUUCAUAGGGAUUAACAUGAAUGGCAUAACAAUCCAGCUGGGUUGCGGCUUUCUGAGGAAUGAGAAGACUGAGGGUUUUGUCUGGCUGUUUACUGAAUUCAAGAAAGCAAUGGGCAGCAGGGAUCCUGCAAAUAUAAUAACUGAUCAAGAUAUUGCGAUGAAGGUUGCUAUCGCAGAGGUAUUUGUCAAUUCAGUUCAUAGGAAUUGCCGUUGGCACAUUAUGGAAAAUGCUAGGAAGACAUUUCUUGGAUAGCAAGGGGGAUGGUAAGCAAGAGUUGGCGGAUGACUUCAAGGAUUGUAUUGACAAUAGCUUCACGCUGGCAGAGUUUGAGCAGAAGUGGCAGGCUUUUCUGGAUAAAUAUGAGCUCAACAAUGAUGAGAGGUUCCAACAUUUGUAUGACAUGAGACAUUGUUGGAUCCCUGUGUAUUUCAUGCAUUGUUUCUUCCCCUUCCUCCAAACAACAGCACGGAGUGAAGGCUUCAAUGUUGUCCUGAAGCGCUAUGUCAACCCAAAGAACUCGAUACUCAAUUUUGUGCAGCAAUAUAAGAAGAUACAACAAAGGAUUUUCAGGAACCAAGAUUUGCAAGAGGCGGCCACAGCCACGAAGGUCCCACGCUACUUGACGGGGCACCCUAUGGAGCAUCAGAUGAAGAAAGCGUAUACAAGGAGGUUGUUCAAUGUGUUUCAACACGAGCUGCAGCUAAGUUCGAGCUACUAUGUUGUUCGUGUUGAAGGGGAUGACUUGAUAGAUGUUCCGUACAGGCGUUGCCCCGAUCUGUUGUAUGGGACACGGACAUUCAGGGUCACGUCGUCCAGGGUGGAGGGCUUAUAUAGCUGCACUUGUUGCAAGUUUGAGAGAGAUGGAGUGCUUUGCUGCCACAUAUUGAAGGUUUUUGAUGCCCUUGCAGCCCGCGAGGUGCCUGAUCGGUACAUUCUCCCUCGAUGGUCAGUUGAGCCAGUGGUUGAUAGUGGGGUGGAAGUUGCCGCUAACGAGCCUCUUCAAGAAGCCCAGAUUACAGACCACGGGAAGCAUGUUAUACGUUACAGCAGGAUGUGCACAAACUUUAAUAAGAUUGUGAGACCUUUUAUGGCUGAUGAUGAGGGGUAUGGCAUAGUCUCAAAACAAGUGGGUGCCCUACAAUCUAAGCUUGUUGCUUUGGGGAAAAGGAGAGCGUCAAGUGUUCUUCCGGGGCUGGAAUGUGAACAAGUUGAUAUUGAACAACCCACUGCGCCAAGGCCGCAGAACAAAUCGCGCAAAAAAACAAGCUCAUCAACCGGAGGGGUGGGGAUCCAAAUCUGUCACAACAGCCUAAUAGUGCAUAUUGUCUUAACUGAACGUAGCAACUUAUACUUCCUUGCCCCUAGCAACUUCUACUCAUUCAGCCUAGCAACUUGUACUCCUUGUUCUAGCAACUUGUGUGUAUUACUCUUAAUAACUUGAAAUUGUUUUGACUUUCCAGGCUCGCAUGUUGCUGGUGCUGAGAUUGGGGACCCACCAAUAACAAAGAAGCAAGGGCGUCCAAGGUCAAAGAGAUACAAGACAGGGUUGGGGUUGCUUCCCCC